AUGCCCUGGGGUUUUGACCCUGACCAAAGGUUGUGGAUACUGGGCCCGUUUAUUGAACCACCGGUGAAAGGCCAGUUCACUUCAAGUGAAGACCGGAAAGAAGAAUGCCAUGACAUCCUGAAAGAGUACAAGACAGCAGCCGGCUCAAAGGGUCGUGAAUAUACUCAAGACGGCACACAAGUAUGCAACGCAUGCACAGCCUUUGCCUUCGUUUGCCGUCUUGCUCAUCGCACGAAUCAACGCCUGGCCCGCUUGCGCCAACGCGAAACCCGCCACCGUCACGCAGCAAUCCUAGAGGCUGAGCGCGAGCUGCGCAAAAUCAAAGGCAACCGGCCCCAGGAUUUGGAUGUCAUCGGGUACCCCAAAUUUGGGUUCUUGGGAUCAUCCGCCUCGAUCAGGUGCGACUGCGCCUGUGGCAAACUGGUGAACGAGUCGAGCUUUGAGUGCCGAUCGCUUAACAAGGCGAUGGUCUGCCCAGAUGUCCGGCCCUGCUGCACAAAGUUGGAGGAUUGUAAGCCGGAGGACCCGUGGCCGGCUGCGGUUGCGGAAAAUGCCAAACUGGUGAAGAAGCAAACAAAGUCCUUCUCUUCGCGCGCGGGCUUGGUUCAGCGACGUGUACGGCAGUUGCAGAACUUGCUCCAGGACUGUACCAGGAGCUGCGUCACGGCGCGUAUUUCCCAAUGUUUGAGCGACUUGAAGUCCACUAAGAAGAAGAAGUUAUUCGGAAGUCGGACAUGGCAAUAUGCGGUUGAAAAGGACCGCUUCAAGACCAGCAAGACAACUCAGCUGAGUGAGAUGUGGGUGGAACGUCAGCAGGAGUUGGAUCACCAGCGAAAUCCGGAAAGGGCGAAGCAUCAAUUGGUGAAGAUGAAACCGUUGUUUGCACAACAGCCAGCUGAAGACCUAGUGUCGGGAAAAAGGAAGUGCUGCACCUGUUCUUCUAUUCUUAGUGGUUUCGAUCCGAUUCAGGGCCACUAUCCCAAGGUCAUGAGUUUCUGCAUAGCUCCCGAGCAGUUGACCUGUGAUGAAUACGUGGGUUACACUCCUCCGGGUGAGAAGACUGAGCCCGCGUGCCACGCAGUCGUCGCGGAGUUCUGCAGUGACCCCUCCGUCAGCGAGUGCUCCAGCGACAAAGGCGCGUCUGUCGCCAGAAGGUUCACCAUAAAAAUAUGGGUAUGGGUCAAUACCUAUAGAUACCUAUAA